UACCAAAGACCAAGACUAAAAAAAAAAUCCAAAUCACCCAAUCACCAAUCACACCAAAAAAAAAAAUCUCCAACGAGAAAAUGACAGACUCCGGCGCCGGCGGCGGGUGCUGCCGCUGCUGCUGCAGCUUCAUCAUCACCUCCGGCCUCACCGCCCUCUUCAUGUGGCUCAGCCUCCGGACCUCCAACCCGACCCUCUCCAUCGAAAGCCUCUACGCCGCCGCCCUCAACGCCUCCGACACCUCCCCCGCCGCCCGGGGCAACCGCACCGUGUUCCUCGACGUCAAGCUCGCCAACGGCAUGAAGGACAAGGGCGUCCACUACGCCAACACCACUCUAACCCUAUCAUUCUACCGCCGCAACUCUUCUUCUUCUUUCUCCGAUGAUACUGAUUUGAUCGCCGUCGGCGACUACGCGUGGCCGGGGUUCUACCAGGGCCACAAGAAGAGCGCGCGGCGCCGCGCCCUGGUGGGCGCGGCGGGGGUGCCGUGGGCCGAGGCCCGGGACGCGAUCUCCGCGGGCGGGGAGGGGGUGGGGUUUCGGGUGAGGGUGGCGACGAGGGUCAAGUUCAAGAUCAUGUUUUGGUAUACUAAGAGGGAGAGGCUGGAGGUUGCCGGAGAUGUUCAAGUCGACGCCACCGGUGGGAAGGUCGGCAAGAAGGGUGUGAAGCUUAAGUCAGCGGCGGCGGAGGUGCGGAGGGGUUGGGUGGCGGUGGUUAUUUUUGGUUUGUAUGUUGUUUUGUUGUGUUGAUUUUUAUUUUUUUUUCAAUUAGUGUUGGUGAUGGAUUUUUUUGGAUGAUUUGUAGUUUUGGAUAUAAGGUGUGAAUGAUGAAUUGAUUCGUGAAUUCAAGAGCUGUGGAUUGUGGUUUUGUGAUA